UGAUAGUUAUUGGAUGGAUGUAGGCCCUAUGUCAUAAAAUGGAGACUGUAGCAAUGUUAUUGUGAAAUAUCUGUAUCGGAGGUGUAUCUUGGUCAAUUCGAACAUUUCGUCAACAAUUACACAGCUCUUUGUUUUAAAGCUCACACUAAAGGCCUGAAUGGGCCAUAAUGGAUCCAAGCAGAAAGCGUUGUCAUCUCCAUCCAGUCCUUCGUCUGGUAACAAUGACAACGACUCAAAUAGUGAUUCAGACUCCAACCAGGAGAAGUUAACUCCAAAACUGCAAAAGAAACGAAGUAGUAAGAAGAAGAUGCCACUGUUCAGAAGUCAGAGUGAAUCCGCGAAGCGGAGAAUGGAACACCUGCUUUAUUUGGGCCAGGAAAGUCCAGAUUCUAACUUUGACCUCUCCAAUUGUGAAAUGUCAGAGGUGCCACCCAAUGUAUAUUCCUUAUGCAAAGUGCUCAACAAAGAGGCAUUGCUCUUGAAUGACAACUGGAUAUCAGGACUCGAUAAUAGCAAGAUUGCAGAUCUAAAAACACUUCGGGUUUUAGAUCUUCAUAAUAAUGAGAUCAAAUUGCUGCCUUUUGAAAUUGGUGGUUCAUCAAAACUGCAGGUUCUAAAUCUUGAAAAUAAUCGAUUGGGGCGGUUGCCAGAUAGUCUUUCAAAACUACGCCAUCUCCAGACUUUGAAUAUAAAAGCUAAUAAGUUCAAGACAUUUCCUAUGAGUAUUUGUGGGUUGAGAAGUUUACGACUGCUAGAUAUAUCGGAUAACCUCAUCACCUCUUUGCCAAAGGAGCUAUGUCAAGUCGUAACCUUGGAAACCAUAAUAGUAGAUGCUGCCAAAAUGACACAUCCUCCAGCAGAUGUGUGUAGUCGGGGUACAGAGGCUAUCAUGCAGUUUCUGUGCGAUGAGAGUGGAGUGGAAUACCUGCCACCGUCCAAUUUCUUGUUAGCAGUGCUCGAUUCUCCUGAUGAUUCGUCUCCUGGCACUGCUAAAACUUCUCUAUACCAAACUGCUGCUGAGGAGAAAGCUCUCCUGAAAAACUUAGAGGAGCAACGCUUACAAAUGGAGAAAAAGCGACAAGAGAAGAUUGAGUUGGAGCGUAAUCUAGCAGAGAACCAGCGAGAACAGGCAUAUUUAGCCACAUUGGCCCUGUCACGGAAACAGUCGUUCAUUGACAUGGUGACCGAGGACCAGAAUAAGAUUGAGAGUGAAUUAGAGGAACUAAGUGUGAAGAAAGAUGAAGAGAGAAGCCGACUGCUGACGGACCUGAAAAUGAUUGAGGAAGGGACCAAUGACUUGAUUCAAAAGAUGUUAGUGAUGAAUGAGAAUGCCAGGAAAAACGAGGAAUUACUUGACCACCUGGAGAAUGAAAGGAUAGAGAGAGAGGAACUAUUUGUUGUGAGAUGGGAGGAAUUGCAAAACUUGAGGAAGAAAGAAGUUCUUGAUGCUAUGAAACGUAUUCUGAAUGAGACAGAGGGCUUUGAGAAGUUACGCCAAGACUACACCAUUAAUAAAGAAUAUGCUAUGCAAAAGGCUCUUGAGGAUGAGACCAUGCAGACAAGUGGACAGGUUGAGAGUAUUCUAUACCACAGAGAAGUUGGGACCGGGGUACUAAUGGACAUCCUUAAGGAACAGGAACAGUUACAGCGUGGAGCCUUCGAGGCCCUUCAACUACAGAAGGACACCAAACACCAGAGGAUUUCUAGACAGAUCGCACUCAUACAGGAGGAGUUGAUAGGGCUGACAGCUGUGGAGAUAGAGAAACGUGCACUUCGAAUGGAGGAAGAAAUUAAUAUAGUGGCAGACAAGAGGAUUGCCCUGAUAGAGUUAUUGUCACAGCUAAUGCAGGAACAAGAGAAACGCCAGGUUUUACUGAAGGAACGUCUGAAAGAAAUGGAACAACAAAAGCUUGAUGGACAGACUGACUACUGGUUGGUGCAGUACCAGCGUCUGAUGGAUAAGAAACCUCAGGCACUUAUAGACCAGGAGCGUCAGCUAGAGAUUGCGGUGGUGACCAUCUUGGAGGACUCCUCUGCUGAUGACUACAUCCCAUUGUUUGCUCGCCAUAGAAUUACCAUAGAAACACUGCUGCAGCUGUCCGAAGAUGACCUCAAACAGAUGGGAGUACAUGAAAUGGGUCUGAGGAAGUCAAUUCUACGUAACCUCGAUCACUACAGAGAGAAAAAGCAACACGAACAUCCAAAGUCUAAAGAGGAGAACGGAGCAUGGGAUUUCUACUUAGAAUCUAAGAUGCAGCAAGAAAACAGUGAGAGGGAAAGUGAUUCACCGGCACCCUCAGCACCAUCAGAACCAUCAGCGCCCCCUUUGGUGCCAUGUGCCAGACAGUCUUCAAUCCUGGCAAGGGGAGUGAACACAGAAUGUGUUGUGUGUAUGGAUAAAUCUACGGAUGUGAUAUUCCUGAAUUGCGGCCAUGUAUGUACAUGUUUAGAAUGUUCCGUGAAGGUAAAGGAAUGCCCAUUGUGUCGGGAGCCAAUCGUCCAGCGAGUGAAGCUCAUGAUUCAAACUACGUGACAGGGAGCCUUGAUAUUGUGUUCAAUCUAGUUACGCAGAUUUUGGAACAAUGUUUUUUUUAAUUUUCUUUUAUGUUACAUGAUAACUUACUCUGUAACAGAAAUGGAACAAAUAAAACAGUUCAUGUUAAUCUAGUAAGGUGGAAAUGUAGGUAAAUUUGUGUCGAAUUUGAGGAUGAGAUAUAUGAAAAGCCAGGGAUCAUGCCAGUCUUAGAUCUGAGACUAAAUUUCAGUUGUCUUUAAAAGAAUUUGUUUUCUUUUUAAAUCAGCCAAGGUAUUAUUUUGGGAGGGGGGAGGCGGGGGGGGGGGGGGGGGGGGGGGGUUCUUAUUUGCUGUAAAAUAUGAUAAUCAAUAUUUAUAAAUAAGAAACAUCGCAUAUUCAUAAUUGUUUAUCAUCAGUCAAAUUCAAAAUGUUUAGGCAGCCACUUUGAAAUAAAUAUCACAAUUAAAGGUAUAUGCUGCAUUCAUUUGAAUACAUUUCUUUUUUAGAAGAGUUCCAUGCAGAGAAAAUUGUACGUUAAUCAAGAUUGAUUCUAUUAUUAAAUCAAGAAGAUGCAUCUGGAACCUUGAAAAGAUUUUAUCAACUUACUCCCAUCCAUUUACAUGUAUUCUAAAUAAAAUUGUGCUAAGUAUUUAUAUGCUUAUUGUAUGUGUUUUGAAAGGCACAAAUCUCGGUUAUCCAGUAAUAGGAGAUAAUUGUUGAUUGGAAACUCGUAUGAUAAUGAGAGCAUCUGCUUAAUAUCAUAAACAAAUUUUUGAUAUUUUAAUCUGUUCCAAUAUUUGAAUAUGAAAGCUAAUUUGUUGUGAUAUUUUAUUAUAACCAAAUGAAUACAUGCUGUAUGUAUAUUAUUAUUAUUAUUUUUUUUUUGACAUUAAAAGUCUGUAUCUUUACAUCAUUUCAUUUUGUCAUGUUUUAUUAAUAAAUAAAUAUGAUUCAUCUAUUAACAAUGAAUGUGCUAUCAACUGUUACAAAAUUGUGUUGUAACAGCUUGUUUCAUACAACCUAUAUUUAUAUGUUAUCUGUUAUGCUCAAUAUAUCUGUAAACAAAGUGUCCAAAUACUCAAGAUAUAUCACAAAUAGUUGUCAUGGAUUGAAGAUAUCGAAGAUAUAGUAAAACAAAAUCAAAGCUUGUAUGUCAUAUACUUGUGUAUUGAUUGACAAGAUAUACUGAAUAUGUUUCUGAAUCAGUUCCUUUUAUGAUAUAUGAAAGAUACGGUUUGUUGGUACAUAUACGUACUGAUUUGGUUUUAAAAAAGUCAAACGAAUAGUACUAAGAGUGAGCGCUUCCUUCAAUAUAUCAAAAAAACUUAUACAAGACUGAAGUGGAAGAAGAUUUUAGCUGAAAUAUAACAUUCAGUUGGACAAAAUGGAAAGAAAUCUGUUCUAUAUUGAUUGACUGCACAGAUUUUAGUGGUGGGGCAGAUACGACUACAGGAAAGAAAUUUUGAUAAUUAUGUGAGAGCUGCAACAGUCGACUUUGACAUGUGUGUGUGUGCAAUAAUGAUAUCGUGGGACCUGAACUGAAAAACCCAGGAGGAGUGUGUAGCAUGCUGUAUCAGCAGGAGGAGUUCGUAGCAUGCUGUAUCAGCAACGACAGUGUUGGAAGGAGAAUCUAUAUGUGAUACAAGGAGUAUUAUCCAUGUUGUAAUGUAAAUUUGUAUGUAGUGUAGAUGAUUAAAGUCAAGUACCGGUUCUAGUUUAGGUAGCUUGCACUACAUACAAGAGAGGUUGUGGUAACAUCCAGCCGUUCUAUGAUAACGUGUAUACAUGUAUAUUGAUGAACUAAAUUUUCCACAUGCCCCAUCAGAAAAUGACAACUUUUUAUAUAAUGUAUCUGGAGAUCAUUGUUGAUACACAUUGAAUUUUUCCCUGUGAAUUAUAGUGAAUUUCUCAACACAAUUUCUGUCAUUCUUGCAAAUGAGGACAUUCUUUUUAAGUGCUUGACAAUAAUACCGAGCUCAAAAUUAUUUACAUGGAUUGUACGUUUUAAGUAUUGUGUACAUAUAACUAUUUGUAGUUUGGUAUAGCUUUAAUUCUUUUUUACAUACCUGGAUGUUGAUCAAACAUGAUCUUAAUACAUUUUGAUAGUCUCUCAAAUGUAUUUUGCUCUGCCAAACAGUACCGACAGUGUAUGUGUCAUUUUUAUAAUGACUCUUUGUAUACACAGUCUAUCAAAUGCAUGCUAGAACCACAUUACAUGUUCCUAUGACCCAAAAUGAAAUUUUUAACCACACGAUCUGACCCCCAUAUCAUGUGUAAUUAACUUGGGUUUGGACCCUUGUGUCUAAUAUUUUAUUCUGAGUCGUAGCAACUUGUCAAGCCCCUGUGGCUAGAAUGAAAAACAUUUUGAUGAUGUUAAUCAUUGAUAUAAAAACAUAAUUAUUUGGAAUUCAAACACAUAUUUAUAUUUCAAUGAUUUAUUUAAAUGUACUUUUUUAUUUGAUAAUAAACACGAAAAUACUUUUUUUGGUUUAUUACUAUUUUCUAGUUACUUCUCCAUUGACAGUUCAAUUUGAUAAUUUCCCAUUUAUUGUUAUAAAGAACUAUAGGUAUAAUUGUAGCUAUACAAGACAAUAUCACAAAGUGUCACAUUUCCUGUCAAAUGCUUUUGCCAAAUGUAUAUUUUCCCUUCAAUUUCUGAAAAUAAUUUAUUAAAUAUUAUAAUUUUAUUAUAUUUGGUUUAUUGAUAAAAUCUAUCUUAACUUAAUAAAAAAAGGUAAUAACUUGCAAGAAAUAUUUGGUUUUAAAUUUAUCUCAGAUCUUGUGUAUAAUAAUAUAUAUAUGUAAGUUGUGACUUAUGAAUUAAGGCAUUCAAAUGAUCAACAUAGCAAUCCUAUUUGUAUUUCCACUGCCCAAGCUAUACACAGAUUGUGUAUUUGAAAAUACAUGUACACCAAACUUAUCAAUACUCAGAUCAUGAUAUAAUUAUCUUAUACAGAAAAAUACACGAUUCUUUUUAAAACUAGCAUCAAAAUUCUGUAAAAUAUUUGAUCUACGAUAGGUUUAGGGAUUUCAGUUCCUGUGUAAUUUUUUCAAACAUGUCUGGUUAUAUAUAGUAUUGUUACAGUGGUAGUCACAUUUUUUUAUUUAAAAGUUGGAAUACUUAUUUAAUGUGGUAUAAAUUACAUAUAUAAAAUAACCUUGUAAUCAAAUUGAUGUUGUUUUUUCCAGCUUCGACAUAAAAUAUUUUUUCAGUAUGUAUGUUUAAGCUCAGGUUCUCGCCUCCUCUGCCAAUACAUUCAAUGUAUUAUAGUUAUUAAUCAGAUAUUCAGUGUAUUGACAGACGAGGCGAGUACCUGUGAUUUCAGUUUUAUCGUGUUAACCAUGUUAAGUCCCUUUCAUUAUAGAGUCUCAUUUUGUUUGGUAAUCAGGAUAAACGUGUAUAUAUAUAAAGUUUGGGUGUGAACUUAUAUUAUUUGUAAGUUUUGUGUACCUGCCCAAUACCUCAAGCAUAUAUUGAUUUGGUUACUUUCUGGAUUUUUCUAAUUAACAUUGUUUAUAAUUAAUCUUUUAUACAUUUACACGUCUCUUGAUUUGUCACAGUAAUUGUCUGUUAAUGAAUUGUCGGUUUGUUUCUUCUGUUCUGGACAAGAUUGUAAUUUUUCUGUGAUAAAUAGUGGACACGAUCAUCCAAACAACUUACGAAAAUAAGGAAUGACAACUAACCAUGUAUAAUACAAAAAUAAUAACUGGAGUUGAUAUGUGAUGAUGACGAAGAUCACUCAACAUUUUGAUGUCGUAUAUGUUAAUAAAAACCCCUAUAAAUAUCUCCAUAGAUUCAUACUCGAAACAAAUGCUAUAGAAUGUUGCCCAAAUCGCCACAUAUCCUACAGGAUGUCCCCCAGAAUAACCACACAGAUCCUGUAGGAUGUCCCCCGGAUUAACCACAGAUCUGGUAGAAUUCUCAGAUUAACUAUCCAGAACCACUAAAGCAUGUUCUCACAAACAAUAAAGUAGCCACCAUAAUUGAAUUUCCCAGCUACCAAGAUUGUAGAUUUUAUACUUCUACAUAUCCUGAUGUUGUCAGUGGUUACUCAUUUAUAGUGUCAUGUAAUUAAUCAAAUUUGUUGUAAAUUGCUCCAAGGUAUUUUUUACCUAAUCCAAUAUUUCAUCUUUUUUGUUUCUGAAUCAACAUGUUGUUGCCUAAUUUAAAAAGGUUUAUUUUGUUAUCUUGAAUCAUUGAAAUAAAGUUAGAUUUUAUCUAUCAUUUAGAAAUUCAGUUAGUUGUUUAUUGGUUUCAGUCUAGAAAUUUGAAGUUUUAUUAGAUUUUUGUUACUUUAGAUCAUGUAAAGCAAACAUAAGCGAUAUCUUAUCAAUUACUCCUUGUCAUUAGCAUGUGCUGCAGUAAAUUCUAAUAAACAUAUAUUCUUAAGUUUAAUACAUGUACUUGUACAGGCUUUGCAUUGUUGCAAGUUAUUAUAAUGCUAAUGUAGAAUCUUUUAAACCAAAAAGUUUUGAUGAUUUAAUUGUAACAUUUAAUUGUUUGUAGAUUCAGUGAUAAUGUUGAUAAAUGUCUUUAUGAUGUCUGUGUACUAUACUUGACCUGAUUAGUGCCCGUCUCAGAACGACCACCUCACAUCCAUUCUUUGUUGUUAUACAGGCCAUUAGGGGCAAUAGUAAAUAACCAUAUAGAUUUUUAAUUGAUUCCGAAAAUAUCUACAUGCUACUUUGUAAUACACUAAACAACUGCUGUUUGUUGACCUACAAGCAUCAGAUGGUUGACUGUACAAGCCAUCUGAAUAUUUCUUCUGUAGUCCGUCCUUCUGGCAAUAGUGAGUUGCUUUGGCUUCUUGGUUGUUGCAUAUUUGAUUUGAUGUUAAUUUCAAAACCACGGUGACCAUGUUUAACUUUGCAGGUAAUUCUAACACUACAUCAUAGAAAGUACUGCAAUGGUCCUUUUUAACUUUCAUAAGUUUCUUCCCUUUCAAUGGUUUAUUGUUAUUAUGAAGUAUUGAAAAUCAUCUCCAGAGCAAAUGCAAAUAAAUGGCUGUUAUGUGGCCAUGUAGAAAUUGAGUUGACAGUAUAUACUUAAAUAUUAGUCCAAACUGCAGAUAGGGGAGCAGAAGAGGAAAGACCAAAGAUUAUUUAAGAAACAAUGGUGGAUGCCACGAUUUAUUGGGAUUUAUUGAUAAGUGAUGAUAGCCGACACAACUUCAACAUCGAGAAGCCCUUAUUUAGUUCCAGUAAAUAUGAAUAAGCAUGUGUGCAAUUUCUAGCCACUUAUAAAUAUAAAUCAAUGAAACUAAUAAUCAUGUGUCGGUAUAUAGUUUGAUAAGGUUGCUCUUCUUAAUUGCUUUGUCCAGAUCAUUACAGUACAGUGGUCAGUCUGCUAUCUCGAUUGAUACUUACUCUCUAUUUACUGCUUGCUGACUUUCAUUCUAAAGUAUUCAAUCACUCAGGGCGCUAAUUAUGUCUAUUAUGGUACUAAGACUUUUGCUAUACUAUACACAACUAUACAUAAAUAUUAUUGAUAUUCAUAUUUGAAUGCGACUUAAUUAAUAAUUUCUACCAGAAAUAAACUUUCCUUCAUUGAA